GCUCGGACCUGCGACUCGGCGGGCGCGCGGCGGGCAGGGGCAGCCCGGGGCGAAGUCGGGGGGCGGGCGCCGGCUCCCCGCGCUCCGGGACCAUGCGCAAGCCGGACGGCAAGAUCGUGCUGCUGGGGGACAUGAGCGUGGGCAAGACGUCGCUGCUGCAGCGCUACAUGGAGCGGCGCUUCCCCGACACGGUCAGCACGGUGGGCGGCGCCUUCUACCUGAAGCAGUGGCGCUCCUACAACCUGUCCAUCUGGGACACGGCAGGGCGGGAGCAGUUCCACGGCCUGGGCUCCAUGUACUGCCGGGGCGCCGUGGCCGUCAUCCUCACCUAUGACGUGAGCCACCUGCAGAGCCUGGUGGAGCUGGAGGAGAGGUUCCUGGGCCUCACGGACACGGCCAGCAAGGACUGCCUCUUUGCCAUCGUGGGGAACAAGGUGGACCUCACGGCGGACGGGGCCGGGGAGAGAGGGGAGGAGGCCGCCGACAGCUGUGCCCUGCCCAGGGUGCCCAGGCAGGUGCGGCCGGAGGACGCGGUGGCCCUUUAUAAGAAGAUCCUGAAGUACAAGAUGCUGGACGAGGAGGACGCGCCGGCUGCCGAGCAGAUGUGCUUCGAGACCAGCGCCAAGACGGGCUACAACGUGGACCUGCUGUUCGAGUCCUUGUUCGACAUGGUGGUGCCCGUGAUCGGACGGCAGCGGGCGGAGGGGCCGGCCCAGACGGUGGACAUCGCUAGCUGUAAGCCGCCCGCACGGACCAAGUCGGGCUGCUGUGCCUGACCCCCGACCAGAGCAUAGCGGGCAGACAGUCGCACGGGAGGGACCGUGGGUGGCUCAUGGCAGGGCCGAGGGGCUGCGGUGCGCAGGCGCCCCUCCCCCGCCCCCGCCGUGACCACUCCGCCCACUUCCGCGUCCUUCUUCCCGGAUGUUGCCCUUGCCUCUGGUGACCUCUGACCCUCUCUUUGGGCACCUGGAUCUCAGCGUGUCGCAAGCGAUUCUCCGCUUGUCUGGAGCAGCGUGGGCUGCACGUGUCAUUAAAAAGGGUCUUGGGCAGCCCUGGUGUUGAGGACGUGUGG